UCAGCUAUCAAAACAAGCCCAGAGAGCUGAAGCAGAAGGCCAUUUAAAAGAUCUCAGGCCUUUUAGUGACUCGACCAAAAGACUUCUAAGAAGCUAGUGUGAAGGCACAAUCAGUUUUAUGUCUAGAAGGAGUAUCAUGUAUAAACCAAGCUCUCUGUGCUCUUUAGAGCAGGAAAGGCACCAGAUGAGACUGGCUGCCCCAGUUCUCAGUGGCUACCUGCUGAGGAAAGAAGCCUGGGACAGGGGGACGUCUUCGAGGCAGACCAUGGGAAACCCUCCAAUGGUGUACCAGGACCCUGUUGUCCAAAAUGCCCUGUACACUGGAAAUGUACAAGCCGUGAAAGAAAUCUUCGCAAAAGGCUUUCCUUCAGACCUAGUCAUACAGCCUCAAGGAGGAGCCAUGCGCUGGAGAGCUAAUGGAAAAGUGAGCGGACUGUGGUCAUUGACGUAUGAACAAGAGCUGACCACGCCACUGCACAUCACCGCUGGCCGGGGAUUCAUCGAAUGUCUCAGGCAUCUCCUGAUGCGGGGCGCUCGAGUGGACCUGGCACCUGGGGGCACCACUGCCCUGCAUGAGGCCUGUGAGGAGUGCCAGCCCGAGUGUGUCAAGCUGUUGCUGCAGCACGGAGCCAAUCCCAACGCAACCAAUGAAGACGGCCAGAUGCCCCUGCACGUGUGCACUGAACUCGAUUCACUUGAGUGUGCCAAACAUCUACUAGCAUUCGGUGCUUUGAUCAGCGGUCAGAGCUUGGAUGAUAACGACACACCCCUUCAUGUGGCGGCCCGCCAUGGCCUUCCUGAUCACAUGGAUCUCUACUUACGACACGGAGCUGCACUUAACCUACAAAACGACGAGGGAAACACAGCACUGAAUGCCGCCUGCUCCCAGCCGCAGGACUGCAGAUCUCUGGAGCGCUACAGCCGUGUUUGCCACAUGCUGGUAUCUGCUGGGGCAGACAUACAUAUCAGUGAUGUGGACAAGCAGACUCCACUGCACAUGGCGUGUAAGAAUGCCAGCCCUGACAUGGUGGAUCUGCUGCUGAAGUAUAAAGCCUUGGUCAAUGAAAUGGAUUAUGGUGGCGACGCACCGAUGCAUAACAUCCUGAAGGUGGUGGCCUACAAGACUGACCAUGAGCCCGAGAGGAUUGUACAGGCUCUUCUCAAUUAUGGAUCCAUCAGGGUGUGGCCUGGAGCUCUGCCCAAGGUGUUGAAAUAUUGCUGCACAUCUCCAAGAACAAUAGAGGUGCUCUUCAACGCAUACGACCGCCUCAAAAUCACAGAAGCCUGGGUAGAAUCUGUACCUCCUGAGGUGUUUCAGAAACACCGGGAAUUCUACGAAUCUCUGUUUGCACUGAUGCAGACUCCUCGAUCUCUACAGCAUCUGGCUCGUCACAGACUCCGAACAUUUCUACAAGGUCGCUUGCACAACGUGGUCCCUAAACUGGGUCUACCAACCUUUCUUAAAAAUUACCUAAUGCUGGCAUUCAGAGACUAUAUGCACUGACAAAGACCACAAACCUGACCCUACAUAAACUAUAAGCAUGCAGAGUUUUGCUUUAUUCUGUGUGAUUCUGAUUUGAUUUGUGUUGGAAAACUGUCCUGUCUUUACCAAAGAUGAUAUAAUCAGGUGGCAGUUUUAUAGGGAAUCAAUAAAUGGUGGUGAUGCUUAUAAUG